UCCUGAAGUAAGGGUCGUGAUUCCGAAUGGUCUCGGUGGGUCGUAGACAUUGCGUGGGCCGGUAUAUUUUGGUGAGGGUGAGGCCCCGUUUAUAUCUCGUCCGGGAAUGAGAUGUCCCACGGAGGAGGGAUAUCUGCAGCACGAUCGUCAGCGCUGGCCAUGACAUAUACAACGUGCGCCCAUCAGACACACACCGACCGACUGGCCAGAAGAACAAGCGUAGAGGUCUUCCGCGCCGACGCUACCGUACAGAACGAUGGCCCAGCGGCCGUGCGGCCUUCGCGCAGAUUAUAUACAGACGGCUGGUGCAAGCGUGUGCCUGCUCACGCUCCGCUGGAGAUCUCUCUCGCGCGAAGAUCUGUCGGGAUCUGAACCUGCACCAAGGUUAUCGUCAGCAUCCGUGAUCAGCGGCGCUCCUAUCCAUUCACCCAAGCGCCCUGUAUAUCCUCCUCGUCCUUCUCCUCCUACUCGGCCCUCGUCCUGCGCUGCUCGUCCUCUUCGUGCGCGCACCCAACGUAACCACAGGGGACCUGCGAGUGUCCGGGUUUACCUCCACUCGUCCGCAGCGUCGUCUAUCUCAUUUGCUCCGAUGCUGUCGGGCAUUUCGCAAAUUACCUCGGCUCAAACAGGUCUCAUGGCGUUGUGUGUCGCCUUAUCCCGCCAUCAAGGGCGGCAAUUAUUCUCAUGCAAAAUAGGUUCAAGGCGUCUAGACUCGGACGUCGAAAUACACCGGAUAUGCAAGUCAACUCCGUAUUUCUUUUUGUCGGUUUGUGGAAGAAAAUGCAUAUGUCGAAUGGCUUUUCCCAACAACCACACUAUCCGCACGGCUUAUUCUCACUUGCAUGAUCUGAUCCGCUCUACAUCGGAGCCACCGUGAGUUUCUCAAACCCGAGCCCGGGUCAUAAACUC